CACGAAGAGAAUAGCCCAAAUCAUUGAAAAGAGGAGUGGGUUCCCUAAGUGCGCAUCUCUACCGUCUUGUGUCCCUCUGUUUAUUUCGCUGCACCGAGGAAGGAGUCCCUUCCACACCGACCAUCCGACACAAUGGUCAAGGUCAAGUGCAGUGACCUUCGCAACAAGAAGAAAGAUGAGCUCCUCAAGCAGCUGGAGGAGCUCAAACAGGAGCUGUCUGGCCUGCGGGUGGCCAAGGUGACUGGUGGAGCAGCUUCCAAACUCUCAAAGAUCCGUGUCGUGCGCAAGUCAAUUGCCCGCGUCAUGAUUGUCAUCAACCAGAAGACCAAGGAGAACUUGAGAAAAUUCUACAAGAACAAGAAGUUCAAGCCCCUUGAUCUGCGCCCCAAGAAGACCCGCUCAAUCCGCCGUGGACUUACCCGUCGGGAGCUGCAGAUUAUGACUGCCAAGGAGUCCAAGAGGAGAUGGAACUUCCCCAUGAGGAAGUAUGCUGUCAAAGCCUAAAUAAAUUUAUGAUUGUA